UCGUGCUGCUGAACUGCGUCGCGGCGGCCGGCGAGUGUUUCUCCGCCGAGUGAGUGUGAGUGUGUUGGUGUGUGUUGGUGAGUGUGAGUGUGAGUCAGUGAGCCGCAGAUCGGUGUGUUUUCGGUGGAGGAACGUUUACACACUCUGGGGACGCAGACCGGCCUGACUGCGCGGGUAUUCUGCGCUGCGCUUCGAGCGGAUUCCGGAAACAUCGCUCCGAUUCCUCAGCAGGUGUGGCCCGGCCGCGGUGAGGGUGAGCGGCUGUUGGAGGCAGAUCGGGGCGUGUUGGGGGGGUCAUGAGCGGGCAGGCGGGGGCAAGGGGGCGGCGGGGAGGCCGGGGGGAGCAGGGCAUGGACUCGGCCUGCUGGCUGUCUCCCGCGGUCCUGCGGCGGCUCAUCGAGCUGCCCGCCCCGGUGCUGUCCCGGCACCAGCUGAAGCGUCUGGAGGAGCACCGCUACAGCAGUGCCGGCAGGUCCCUGCUGGAGCCCAUCAUGCAGCGCUACUGGGAGUGGCUGGUGUGCCACAUGCCCCCGUGGAUCGCUCCCAACCUCAUCACCGUCGUUGGCCUGGCAACAAACAUCUUCACCACACUGGUGCUGGUCUACUACUGCCCCACUGCCACUGAACAGGCUCCGCUGUGGGCGUACCUGAUGUGUGCGGUCGGCCUGUUUGUCUAUCAGUCUCUGGACGCCAUAGAUGGGAAGCAGGCGAGGCGCACUAACAGCAGCUCACCACUGGGGGAGCUGUUCGACCAUGGCUGCGACUCGCUCUCCACAGUCUUCGUGGUUCUGGGUACCAGUAUUGCAGUCCAGUUGGGGACGAAUCCAGACUGGAUGUUCUUCUGCUGUUUUGCGGGGAUGUUUAUGUUCUACUGUGCGCACUGGCAGACCUACGUCUCCGGCACUCUGCGCUUCGGCAUCAUUGAUGUGACUGAAGUGCAGAUCUUCAUUAUUAUCAUGUAUUUGCUGGCUGCUGUGGGCGGAUCUGCUUUCUGGCAGGCUCUGAUCCCAGUAUUAAACAUCCAAAUGAAAAUAGUCCCGGCGCUCUGCACGUUUGUCGGAGCCGUUAUUUCCUGCACAAAUUACUUCAGAGUCAUAUUCACAGGAGGAGUCGGCAAAAACGGAUCCACAAUAGCGGGAACGAGUGUUUUAUCUCCGGUCCUGCACAUAGGCUCUGUUAUAGUGCUGGCUAUGAUGAUUUAUAAGAAAUCUGCUAUCCAGCUGUUUGAGAAACACCCCUGUCUUUAUAUUCUGGCUUUUGGCUUCGUUUCUGCCAAAAUAACCAACAAAUUAGUGGUUGCUCAUAUGACAAAAAGUGAAAUGCAUCUUCACGACGUGGCGUUUCUGGGUCCUGGGCUUCUUUUCCUGAAUCAGUAUUUCAACAGUUUUAUUGAUGAGUACCUGGUGCUCUGGAUCGCACUGGUGCUGUCGUUGUUUGACCUGGUGCGCUACUGUGUGAGCGUAUGUAAUCAGAUUGCGUCGCAUCUUCAUAUCUUCGUCUUUAAAAUCAAACCCCCGACGCUGGGAGCGGCUCAGUGACGGACGGCUGCUGCGCCGACUCUGUUCGAGUGUCCAAAGACGAAUCAGAUUGAACGAUUAGAGAUUUAUAGAAGAGGUAAUUAUAAAUUCCUGUUCGUGUUGGUCUCGGUUUGUGGGCGGGUUCGUUACUGAGAGCUAAUGAAGGCGAGUGUCUGCUUUAUUUAAAUUAUUACUUAAGAAACUAAUGCAAUCUCUCUGUUUCCUUCACGAGAGGCGGGUGAACAGUGUAAUAACAGGUGCUAAUAUCUCCCACUCGUUUCUGUGAGAAGACUUUAGGUACUUCCUUUCAAUAACCGUGAAACCAGUGAAGACGCUUAAAACGGUGGGAAAGUGUUUGAAUAUGUUACAUUAUUCUUUAAUCGUUUGUUCAUUUGCUUUAACAGGCGUUCACCUCUUACUCUCAGUACUGCAUGCCUUGUCUUUUUUAAUCCUGCUUAUCAAGUUUCUCAUUUAAUUCAAGUGUAAAAAAGUCCAAAUGAAUAAUGACUGUCACGGAUCGCUCGGAUCGCUGCUGCUACCAACGUAUUAAACAUUGUUUGUAAAUCAUAUUUAGUUUCAUGAAGACUGUUUUGCUUUGCAGUAAUAUCAUCUCUGACUUUGUGGGACUGUACAAAACAAUUUUCAGCGUUUAAAGAAUCUGUGCGCGUUUUAUUUUUACUGCUAAUCCUGGUUAAGACUGUAUCGCUUAAGAUUUUUCAGCUUGAUCCCUGUCUGCUGUGUCUGUGUCGUACAGUCGAUUAUUACAGACGAUAACUUCAGCACGUUUAUCUGAACUCAGACAACAGCAGGAAAAGUGCUGAAUCUAAACUCAGUUGUAAUAGAAGUCAAUGGGCAGAUGCUGAUUUCCGCGAGUUCUAAACUCCAGCCGUUCUAGCAGUGCAGGUUUUGGAUGAGACCGACUGAGAGGCUCACCAAAACUGUUAUCAAGUUCUCAACACUUAGAACAGUAUUUAAACAAAAAUAAUAAUAAUAAUAAAUCUGGUUAAUAUUCAAAAUUGCAGGAUCAGUGUUUUCAGUCAAUCAGUAAUAAAAUCCAGUCUAGUUGCAGAAAAAUGUAUAAACAGAUAUAAAACGUAGUAAUCUGUUCGUCCUGAACAACAUAACAGGUUCUAGUCAGUAGAACACUACUGCAGAUGAAAACGAAGAAAUGUUGAAGAACCCAUAUCACAUAAAAUUCUUUCUCUUUUUAAAGUGUGAUGUAGUACACUCUUAAAAAAGACGGUUCUUCGAGGGUUCUUUAGCGAGGAAAAUGGUCCUACAUAGAACCAUGAACACUCAAAGAAUUCUUCAGAUUGCUGAAUAAUGUGUUGUAUAAGGUUCUAUAAGGAACCCUUUUUGAAAAACGUUCUAAAUAGCACGAAAAAGGGUUCCACUAUUGUUACAAGCCCUUUUGUAUAGAACCCUUUUGUGUCGUUGAAACGUUUUUCUGUGAUGUCUCAAAAACGAACAGAUUUGCAUAUAUGCGCUUACUCAGUGUACAUUUAGCUCCGCCCAUUUAUGUUGAAGUUACAAGGAGCAUUUCAGCCCAGACUGCCUUCUAAAUGAGGGACAGCCAAUCAGCACAGAGCUCACUUACAUAUAUCAGUCUUAAAGGCACAGUAACAGAAACAGACUGUUUAAUUCUAGGAGCUAAACAGAGGCUAUAUAACGGUCACGAUGUUUUUGGCGUAUAAAACCUAUUGGCGUAUAAGACAUAUUGUCGCUGUCGGAACAAAACCUCACAUCUCCAAUACCUCAACUUUGCAGGAGAAAGAAAAGAUGUUCUUGACUUGUAAUGGAAGUCAAUGUAACCAGACUUUUUUGGACUAUUUCUGUUGGUCCAUUCAUCAUGAAAUUUUAAUACAAUGCAAAGAGUUUUCAAAUAAUGCAAAAUAAAAAAAAUCACAAUAAUGGAGAAGGUUUUUGUGUGACAGCGACAAGAUAUGUUAUACGGAAAAGAAGAAAAGUGUAGGAUACAGGUCCUUUAAGUGUGUCCAGAAUGAUGAACAGAGCUGUGGGAGAUUCUAAACUGAGGCUGAACUAAGAAAGCUGUGGAUUUCUAAUAAAUUUAAUAUCUAGAAUUCAUUAUACUUCAAAUGUGGAGAUCAAAUUCUUGAGGCUUGUUCACAGAAUUUUUAAUAUGUCAAAUAAAAUAUUUAAAAACACCUCUUAAUGAAUAGUCUGUAAUAUUUAAAUCUGUCACCCCCAGAAGAACCAGUUCUGUCUCUGAGAACCAGUUAAUAUACAGAUUUACAGCUUCAUUCAUAUUUUAUACAAAUAUAUGUUUCGCAUAAACGUUUAAUGGCUGAAUUCAGCGUCUGCCCACUGACUUCCAUGAUGAGUGACUUUAGAGUCAGUGAGUUUUCUGUUGUUCUUUAUGUUCAGGGAAACAUUUCGAAGUUAUUGUUUGCAUUAAUCGACCAGACAAUUCAGAUACAGCAGACAGAGACCAGGAUAAAAAAGCACUGAAGUAUCCCUUUAAAGGGCAAUUCCACCCAUUUUCAAAAUUCCCCCAUAACUCAGUGUGUGAAGUAUAAACAGAGAGAUUCAGAGUGGUUUGGUGUGAAAUGGUUCAGAUGUCUUUACAGUGGUGGUGAUAGGAACCAGGGGUCGCCAUGACUGCAACACAAAUAUAGACAUUUUAUUUACUAUCCAGAACCACCAGUGAACCUACACGAGUCUUCUGAGUUUAUAUGGAAUGUUGAUGAUGGAAAAUAGUGGAAAAUCUGAAAUAAUACGUUUUCUUUGGGGACUAUUUUGCCUCACAGCGCCCUGCAUGUAUCCCUCCACCAUGAAUGGAGUUUAAGGCCAAAAUCUUCUCAAAACUACCAUAAAACCAAAACCACUCAGAAAGACUUUAUUUAAUUAUGCAGAAAUUGUAAAUAAAUUUGGUGGAAUUCCCCUUUGAACUUAUUUCAGCUUAAUCAGCAGUUCUUCUUUCUCCCUCUUUAUUUUCUGAAUGUAUUCUGGUGUCAUGUUUAUUGUAUUAGUGGAAAUGAGAAAUGCACAUCAUUCAUUUCCACUUUUUCCUUAUAUAUAAAGCUCAAGAUGCUCCUCCAAAAACAUUUUACAGUAAAAAAAACACAUUAUCCUUAAUGUUCACUGUUUUUCUGCUUUCUGCUUAUUUAUCAGCUAUUGUUGCUGUUUUAGCACAUACAGUAUUAUUGUAAAGGACUGUUUUAUUUAAUGCUGAGAUGUUAAUGUUCCUCUGUUGCUUUGCAUUCUGUGCCUAAACCACUGUGUUGCAUUCAGCCUACAACUCUUGAAUGGAAUAAAAAAAGAGAGAAAAACAAUUAAAAUGCCACCUAUUGACUCGUACUAUUAACAUGAGGUCAAAUUAAAGGAUACUAUAACGUUUUUCAGCCUCUUCCCCAUCUGCUGUAUCUGCAGGGUACAGUCCGUCACCACAGACAACAACUUUAAUAUGUUUCCUGGAACUUCAGAACAGCCAGAAAACAUGAAAACUUAACAUUUGCUUAUAAUGGAAGUCAAUGGGCAGAUGCUGAAUUCUGUCAUUAAACGUCUGAAUUAAGUGACUACAUAAUGUGAAACUGAAACUGUUGGACUCAGCAGUACCGCUGCUUUUGCAUCUGCCCACUGACGUCUAUCAUAAGCUAUUUUCUAUUCUAAUUUCAGGAAAACAUGUUGGAAUUACUGUUUAUUCAGUGCUACACAGCAGAUGGAGGUUAGGCUGAAAAAGACUGACCUCUGAGGACACGCUGCCAUUCUGAAGUUCCCAUUAGCAUCCGUUAGCAUUAGCAUCCUAGUCUAAACGGCUUUUCGUAAUUCGGUUCAUAAUUCAUAAUGCGUUCCAAAGCUGAUACGUUUGCCUUCCGUACUUUUUCCCCCUUAAAUGUCGCUGUUAUUAAGGUUGUGAGGUUGUUAAGUAGGUAAAAUAAGAAUUUUGCGACAAACGUUGCAACAGUUCUGCUACUGAGCUGAACUUAACUGACCUCUUCAAAAGACCCUACACAGUCCAGCAGGCUCUGUCCAGUACGACAGCGUUUUAGGGCCACU